UUCCAAGCCGUGAUCCUUCCAGAAAAGAGACCGGAACACGCGGUGGAAGUGAGCAUUUGAGUCACGGGUUGAGCCCGUGAAAUCGAAUCAAGCCUGCCUACCGUUUGUUGAAUGGCGGCACGGCUUGGUCACAACAAAAGGGUCCAAAUGCCCUUCACAUGCGCUUGUUCCUUGUGAUCCUCGUCCCUUUCCGCUAGCUAGCUGCUCAUCUUGAGCGAAUUGCCCGCAUAAACAAACUUGGAUUGGGCUUUCACAAAAAAAAAAAAAAAAAAAAGGAUCGGAUGGAUCAUCUCCCACCCACAACUAGCCAAGGCAUGGCUGCCCGGAUAUAAAGCACGCCGGAGUGAAGGUUUAUCGGCUAGCUUAGCUUCUUCUCAGCUCGCAGCUCUAGGCUGCCAUGAAGAAACCAAUGCUGUUUCUUGCGCUGGAGGUUCUGCUGGUCGCCGCUCUGCUGCUUCUUCCCGGCCGGUGCCAGGGGUCCCAGGGGGCCAACGCCAACCUCACGGUGACCGGCACCGUGUUCUGCGACGCCUGCUCCUCCAGCUCCUUCUCCAACCACAGCUACUUCCUGCCAGCCUCCCUUUGCUCGUUCGUCAGGCGUGAAGGUCAGGAUCGACUGCGCGAUCAGGGCGAGCUCGCCGUCCAGGGAGGAGGUCAAGAUCACGGCCGAGAGGACCACCGACAGCCACGGCGCCUACCGGCUCGACAUCCCGGCGGUCGCCGGCCUCGGGUGCACCACCGGCGGCGAGGCCGCGUCCUUCUGCCGGGCCGCCGUGCUGCACAACCCCUCGCCGCUCUGCGACGUGCCGGCCCUGACCACCACCGCCCGCCACAUCUCCUUCUCGUCGGCCCAGGACCCCGGCGCGUGCCUCUACAACCUCAACUCCCUCUACUACCGCCCGGGCAAGAAGGCCGUCCGGUGCGACGGCGCUGGGGCGUCGCCGGCGGCCGCGCUGAACACGUCGCUCUUCUACUGCCCGCACUGGCCGUGGCCGCCCAUCCCGUUCUGCACGCCCCGCCCGUGGUUCCCGCCCAUACCGUUCCUCACGCCGCCGCCGCCGGCGUUCCCGUUUCCUCUGCCGCCAUUCCCGCCGAUACCGUUCUUCACGCCACCGUCGCCGCCACCGCCGGCUUUUCCUUUCCCUUUGCCGCCGUGGCCAUGGACCCCGCCGGCGUCGCCACCUCCACCGUCGUUCCGGUUCCCUCAUCUGCCACCGAUUUUCUCGGCACCAUCUCCGCCGCCGCCGCCACCACCGCCUGCAUUCCCAUUCCCUUUGCCGCCGUUUCCACAGCUGCCUCCUUUUCCUCAUUUUCCGCCUCUGCCGUCGCUGUAUUCGCCACCGCCUCCUCCUCCUCCUCCGCCACCACCUCCGCCGCCUUCCUUCCCUUGGCCUUUCCCGCCAUUACCAUUCUUCCCUCCGACUGCAAGCCCUUCGGUCCCGUCUCCUCCACCUUCAAGGCAUUACCGGAAAGAUCCGACCACCUGGUCCUCUUCCAAAACCCAACCAUAAAUAAAGUACAACAAUAAUAAGUAGAGUACAUAAUAGUAAUUUGUUCUGCUCGUGUUAGGGGACGGAUAAUGGAUGUACUUGUUGUUUUAUGUGGAUAUAUAAUGGGUGUACUAGAUCUGUGCCUAUAAUUAUAUGUCAGAUUUGUAAACAAAAAGACUUUCAUUCCUUUUCUUUGAAAUGAAAAAUAUAUUUUUGUGGAAA